GAUUCGGAGAAAAAGGUUGAAAGGAACAAGAGAGCUCCAGCAACCGGCGGUCGACGGAAAAAGAGCUAGAAAGAGGGAAACGACCGUGAGGAUUUUUAUUGCUGACCCUCGAGCCACUGGGCGCGCGCCUCCUGCCUUGUGUACGUGAUCUCGUGGAUUAAAUGAGUUUGAACUCGCGAUGAGGAGUGAGCCCAUUCUAUUCGCUUGCAGCAGGGCAAUGGAGGAGCUAGUGACUGAGCUUCGCCUGUUCCUGGACUUGCUGGACAGAGAGUAUCUGAGUGCUGGAGUCCGAGAGAAGAAGGUCCACCUCUCCCACAUCCUGCACCGUGUGCUUUCAGACAAAGAACCUUCAUUUAAAUCUGACAUCCACAGUGGUUUGCCAGCCCCACCUCAGAUGCCCCUGCCAGAGAUUCCUCAGCCAUGGCUGGCUCCAAACAGCGACCCUCCUCCUCUGCCCAGCUCCUCUCUUCCAGAAGGUUACUAUGAGGAAGCAGUUCCCUUAAGUCCUGGAAAGGCUCCUGAGUACAUUACCUCUAACUAUGAUUCAGAUGCCAUGAGCAGUUCCUACGAAUCAUACGAUGAAGAAGAGGAAGAUGGGAAGAGUCAGAAGAUGCGUCACCAGUGGCCAUCUGAAGAGGCAUCCAUGGACCUUGUGAAAGAUGCCCGUAUCUGUGCUUUUCUGUUGCGCAAGAAACGCUUCGGCCAAUGGACUAAACUUCUGUGUGUCAUCAAAGACAACAAACUAUUGUGCUACAAAUCUUCUAAAGACCAGACCCCACAGAUGGAGCUCACUCUGUCAGGAUGCAGCAUCAUGCACAUCCCCAAAGAUGGCAGGAAGAAGAAGCAUGAACUGAAGAUUGUCCACCAAGGAGCAGAUGCCCUGGUGCUGGCAGUGCAGAGCAAAGAACAGGCUGAGGAGUGGCUCAAGGUGAUGAGGGAGGUGUGUGUGAAUGGAAGUGCAGACCUCGAUGGAGCUGCAUCUGGAUUACCUGUCCUCAAAGCAGAACUGGAGAAGAGAACAUCUGACCGGCCUAGCUCAGAUGGUGAAGCAACCCAUGAGAAUGGACACAGUGAUGGCAAAGACCAAGGAAAAGCAAAGAAAAACUCCAAAUCAGAGCAGAAAACCGGGACUGUUGGAAAGGGAGCCAGCAAGAAGAUCACCAAGAUCAUCAGCCUGGGGAAGAAGAAGCCAUCCACAGAUGAACAGACUUCAUCUGCAGAGGAAGAUGUUCCCACCUGUGGCUAUCUGAACGUACUGUCCAAUAACCGUUGGCGUGAGCGCUGGUGCCGCCUGAAAGACAACCAGCUACUCCUCCACAAAGACCGUGAUGACCUGAAGAGCCACAUCGCCUCACUGCCCCUUCGAGGCUGCGAAGUCAACCCCGGCCUCGACCACAAACACCCUUUCGCUUUCCGCCUUCUUCGUAAUGGCCAAGAGGUGGCGGUGCUGGAGGCCUCCUCCUCUGAGAUGAUGGGGCGUUGGUUGGGGGUGUUAUUGGCCGAGACUGGCUCUACCACUGACCCAGCCACCCUGCACUAUGACUACAUUGAUGUGGAGACCACCGCCAAUGUCAUUCAACUAGCCAAGCAGUCCUUUUGUUUCACUAGUAAACGUGCCAUCUCUCCCAAUCCAUACCUUGACAGCCAAGUCAAUGGUUAUGCCUGUCCUUCUGGUAUGGCUCUACACUAUGAUGAUGUGCCUAUAAAUGGAAUGUUCAAGGGAAAGAAGGGAGCCAGUAUCAAUGGAGUGGCUUCCAAACAGAAGGCUGAGCCAAAGAGUCAGGCCAAGAAGAAUGGAGUCAGUGGGUUGGCAUCUGUGAAACGCAACAACUCCAAUGCAGAGCAGUGCAAGUACGGCAAGAACCGUGUCGAGGCAGAUGCCAAGCGGCUGCAGGCCAAAGAGGAGGAGCUGAUGAAAAAGAAACAGGAGAUCAGGAACCAUCUGAACCAGUUGAAGAAGGAGAGAAGAGACCUGCGCACUGCCGUGGAGGGGGCUGCAGGCAAACGUUCACAUGCAUCUCUGCUGGAGCGUUUGAAGAAGGUGGAAGUCGAGUGCAAGCUGAAGGAGGAAGAGAGAGUGAACCUGGAGCUGGAGGCAACAGAGGUCAAGGAGAGUCUGAAGAAAGCUCUGAGCGGAGGAGUGACCCUGGGCCUCACCAUUGAACCCAAAGCUGCCUCCUCAGACCUGCAGUCUCCAGCCAUGCUGCGGAGAACACAGGAGUCUUCUCACUUCUCCAGCUGCGACACCAGCGACACAGAGUCCUGUACACUGCCAGUCAACAGCGCAUCGCUACUGCGCCGGCAGCAGAGUAGCCAGAAGCCAUCAACGGUCAGAGGACAUGUGCUGAGGAAGGCCAAGGAAUGGGAGCAGAAGAGCGGCUCAUAAACCUCUGAAGUCUUCACAUCGACCCUGCUUCCACUCCUUUCUGCUGCAGAAAUUGUGUAUAUAUUUAUUUAAGACUGCUCAUACAGACAGAGUGUGUGCCCAGUAAGACACAGGGAUAUCAUUAUCACCAGCUAAAACAAGAAACAAUGUUUUAUACACCAUACAUAUCACUACACACAGCUUUUUAGCAUGAUUAGUGUGCCAAGUGAUCCCAUCACUUAGCAUUCACAGACUUCACAUUUCUUACUAAAAAAUUCUGAUGCAGUUUUAAAGAAACAAAACUAAGUAUUUAUUUGUAUAUUUUAAAGGAAAUACUGACUUUCCCAUUUUUUAUUUAUGCUGAAUAUUUUUAAGGGUUUUUUGUUGGGGUUUUUAUGUUGUUUUUUUUAAAAUUUGUGACUCUUGACAAGCAAUUUUUUUUUGAAUUUGUGGAGCUGUGUCAAUCAGGGUCACAACAGAAGAACACACGAGAUAACAAUGAAACUUCCUUACAGAGAAUAAAAAAAGAAACUGAAUUACUUCUUGCUGUCACAACACUAAAGAUUGGAAGACCUUUGACUGGAGGUGCAUUACCAUUAGUUUUACAACACGGAAGGGGCAGAAAAUUGGGUAAAAAGCAUAAUAGAAUUUUGGGUUCACUUACUUUUCUUCAACAACAAUUUCAAAACAAAUCUGCCUCAAUUUUGAGUAAACUUGAAAAAGCUAGCAUGUCUAGAAAAGGCUGAGGUGGUGUGCAAUGCCCGGAGAGAUAGUUUUACAAGCACUUAUCACAGCAUCCAACAGUAGCUGCAUUUCCAUUAUCCAGGAAAUUGUGCAAACUGAAAUUACGAAAAUAAAUAUGCUUAAUAGAAGCAUGCCGAUUUUUAAAAAGCUCAUGUUUUUCAAUAGUUUUUGCUUUACGGUAAGAUGGUUUUUUGGCCAUAUUGAAAUAGUUGUAUCUUGCAGAACUGCAAUGGAAAACUUUUGUCGCAUCAUAUGAGUCAAUUUAUCAACAGUCUUAUGUUGCCACUGGCAAAAAAAAUGACACAAGUGGUAGGAGGAUGAUAGUCUAUUUGUUUUUUUUGGACAAUGUUCAGCUGGCUUCACCAGAGCUCUCACAGCAUCACACAGUCCAUAAAUACUUGUGUGUCAUUCAAAUGUGUUGAAUCCAUAGCUCUUCUGUGAAAUUGCCAAGUACAAUUUCCCAAAAAUACUGCAGACGCAGCUGUUCCCAGGUGUAAGGGGUUUGUCGCUCCGAUGACUGAAUAAGACGCCAAGGUCUACUCUAACGGCUGAUAGACGAGUGCUAGCACCAUGUCUGAAAUAUGAAUAUAUUUUAUGUUGUUGUAUACAUCUGUCACUGCCGUGAUUUUUUUUAAUGAUUUAUCUUGUGAACAAGCUUAUUCACUUGUGAUUUUAAUUUCAUGUCUUGUUUAAUGAGAACAUUGCAUUUGAGAAAUUAUUAGCAGAAUAUGGAGAAAGAUUUGGUGCAUUUGUAAUGGAAACACAACUAGUUAAUGUGAUGCUAAAAGACAUGCACGCUUGAAAAAUAUAAAAAUUUGCAAGUUUGCAGUUGGAGCUAUAAACAUUGCUGCAAGCUUGCAUUGCUAGCAAUAAAAAGUAGAGAAACACAAGAGGCCAACUGGAAGUAAUUACUGGCUCUACUUCUCUACUCACUUUUUCAAAGA